AUGCAACAUGACAACUUUCUUUUUUACAUAAAAUGUGAUCACCUCUCUGUGUUUUGCUGCACACUGUGCUCUCUAUGUGUUCUGUGUGAUCUCUUUUCUUCUAUAGGAGGGGCCAUCAAACCUGUGGUGACCUUCACACCCAACUGGGGGAAUAUAUUAUAUUAUGACAAUGUGACUCUAAUAUGUGAUGUGCCGUCUACUGUACCAGAGGAGCCCCGGACCUAUCAGUGGUUUAGAAACAAGACACCGAUAGAAGGAAAUCAACAGAACCUUUAUAUCAUUAAAUCUUCAGUAAAGGAGAACAGAGGAUAUUACCAGUGUCAGACCAUCAGUGGUGAUAUCAGUGAUCCCGUCUUCCUAAAUGUUGAAUAUAGUUAUGUCAUCCUGCAGAGACCCCCAUCUUCCAUCUAUGAAGGAGACCCCCUGACUCUGAGAUGUCAUCAUGUAAAAGACUUUAAUUCAAUAAACAGAAAAUUCUACAAGGAAGAUCAGGAGAUACAAUCAUCAGAAUCUGACUCCACAUUCCAUAUUCCUAAUAUAAGGAGGAGUCAGUCUGGACUCUACAAAUGUACUCAACGAAUACACCGAUAUGAUGAUUCAACUGUACAGGAGCGCUCAAGUGUAUCCUUUAUCUCUGUGAAAGAGCUCUUCUCUCCUCCAGAAAUAAAAGUGACCCUGUCCAGGGUAAUAGAAGGAGAUGAGAUGACGGUGACAUGUGACACCAGACUGGAUCCUCUCAGAGGCGGCACAGAGCUGCACUUUGCCUUUUACAGAGAUGGACGGACUGUGCGGGAAUUCGGUAUAUCCAAUACAUACAGAGUGCGAUCAUCUCAGCUGGAGGAUUCUGGGAAUUAUACCUGUGAAGUGAGGACGGCGUCUGACACUGUGAGGAAGAUGAGUGAUGGGAUCUAUAUCCACAUACAUGAGACCUUCUCUCCUCUGGAAAUAAAAGUGACCCCGUCCAGGGUAAUAGAAGGAGGUGACAUGAUGGUCAGAUGUGACACCAAACUGGAUCGGUUUAGAGGUGGCGCAGAGUUUCACUUUGCCUUCUACAGAGAUGGACGGACUGUGCAGGAAUUCAGUGUAUCCAAUUCAUACAGUGUGCGAUCAGCUCAGCUAGAGGAUUCUGGGAAAUAUACCUGUGAAGUGAGGAUGAUAAAUGACACAAGGAGGAAGAUAAGUCACGGGCUCUAUAUCCAGAUAUAUGAUUACACGGCACAGAAUAUAAUACGACUGGUGAUCUCUGGAUUUAUAUUAUCUGCUGCUGUUUGUGUCACCUACUUCCACAACAAGUGGUAG